AUGUCUUUAAUAAAUGUCCAUCCUCCUAAAACGUAUUUCGGUGCGGGAGACAUUCAAAAGUCAUUGGGUUCUCUUCCUGGAUUCCCAUGGGCAAAAUAUCCCGGAGAAAAACAUCUCCCAGGGCACAAUUAUACAGGUCCAGGCACUAGGUUAGAUCUGCGUUUAGACGAAAAUGAUAAUCCCAAACCAGGAGAAGAACCCGUUAAUAGAGUUGACGCAGCAGCGCUCAAACACGACAAACUGUACAGAAAUAAAGACGUAACAUUCAGACACCAAGCAGACAAACAAAUGAUAGACGAACUCGAAAAUAUUCCCAAUCCCACUUUCAAAGAGAAAUUACAAAGGGCUCUUAUCGUAAAACUCUUGAAGGCAAAAUUGAAAUUGGAUGAGGACCAUGUUGAAAAUAGAAUAAAUGACGUGAAAAGAUACCUCAGACGAAAUAUUAAAAAUCUUGUGGACGAACCCAAACUACAACAAGAGUUAACGAGUUUGAAACGUCUUAUUCAAGUGGAUAGAACAAGUCAGUUGCAAAAUUUAAUAUCUAAAUUAGACGAUAAGAUUACGAACGUAAAAAUAGACGUCCAACGUUUAAUAGACAACCCAAAUGUAAACGAGGAUAGAUUGAAACGAAAACUAACCGUCUUGGAAAGAAAACUUGGCGAAUUGCUAGCAGAACUAGACAAGACCGCGGACAAAACCGAGUUACAAAAUUCGAUAUCCAAUUUGAACGAAAAGAUCGCGAAGCAAAAAUCAGAUGUUCAAGAUAUAAUUAACACACUUCCCAUUGACAAAGAUACGUUGAAACAACAAUUGACUGCUUUGGAUACUAAAAUCACGGACGAAUUAGAAAAAGAAGUGGAGUUUCCCAUGAAGGUUAAAGUCAAUAAAGUAGUCUUCAAACAAGGCGGUAGGGCCGUCAAACAUAUUUCAUUAUUCAAUGAUGGUAAUUUGGAAGAGAAUAUACGUUUGAUUGAUAUAAGGAAUCAGGAAAUUGAAACGAAAAAUGGUAAAUAUAUAGACACCUUUAAAAUGGAAGUAGAAAAUAAAGAUAUAAAUAGAUUUAGAAUCAAAGAUUUAGAUAUGAUAUUGGAGACGGAAAAUCCACCAUCAACCAACAUUGUCCAAGUUCCACGACACUUACAAGUACCCGGAAAAAAAGAAUCGAGUAGUCACGAGUUUUUACGAACAACAGACUUUGAAUACGUAAAACUAUAUUUCGCUUUAGGCGAAAAAUACACCUUCAUAAACGUCAACAAGAAAGAGAGUUUAUAG